UUUUUAAUAUAUGUAUAAACCGUGUUUAAUAUCUAUUCUGUUCUCUAUUUAAAUUUUGUACCGGCUUCAUCGAUGGCGCGUGUUUAUGAGAGAGGGAUACAUAGAGAAGCAGCAGUCGCCUCGCCAUAGAGGAUUUCAUUCGAUUGUUGUUGCAAAUUGGGAUAUCGCUUUCGGUAUAUUUUUAUGGUCAAGGGCAUUCCAUCCGAUUACUGCCAUCGAAACGAGAGACGGAGAAUUGGAUGAAAAUGGGAGACGAAGCGGAGAUCAAUCAGCGGCGGCGUCUCAUUCUGGAAAAUUUCUUAACCCUCGAAGAAUGCAGGGAACUGGAGUUCAUCCAUAAGAGCUGCUGUACGGUGGGUUAUAGACCAUACGUCUUCUCCACCACUCUCUUGCAUCUUGUUGUCUCUAAUUCUGCUCAUUUGAUCAUGCCUUUUGUUUCGAUUAGAGAGCGGUUGAAGGAGAAAGCGGAGGAGUUCUUUGGCUGUGAAUAUGAGCUCUUCGUCGAGUUCACUGGCUUGAUAAGCUGGACCAGGGGAGCAAGGAUUGGAUGGCAUAGUGACGACAACCGGCCCUAUCUAAAACAACGUGAAUUUACAGCAGUGUGUUACUUGAAUAGUUAUGGAGUAGAUUUCGAAGGUGGGCUGUUUCACUUUCAGGACGGGGAACCAAAAACUAUCUCGCCUCUUUGUGGAGAUUGUGUGAUGUACACGGCUGACAGCCUCAAUGUUCAUUCUGUUGAUGAGGUAACCAGUGGAGAAAGACUUACGCUGACAUUAUGGUUCACCCGUGAUAGUUCCCAUGAUGAAGAUGCAAAACUUCUUUCCCUUCUUUCACAAAGCCAUUUACACGAUCGUCUUCCUGACUCAUGCCUACCUCAGCCUCCAUCCUGUAAUAUGUAUUGGUUUUCACCAAAAGACGAUCCAAAUUUCAAGUUCGGUUUUGAUAUAUGUUGGGCAAGACUGCAUGCGCUAGGAUACGGCAUUUAUUUUCCUCAGGACCAUAGUUUGUCAGAGUAUCCAGAUUUAUUCUCACAGGAUGUACAAUUAGUACGUGGUAAUAAGAUCUUCUCUCAGAAGUUUGAUAGCAUUUUGCAUGCACUUCAGGUAGUGCAAUUUCUAUAUUGGAAAGGCAAAGAAUUGGAUUCUACUAACUCCAAGGAAGAUUCAAGCUAUGCAGAAGGUUUAUCUCCAAAGAGAAAUGUGGGAGUCGAUUACUUUAAAUCCGAGUUCUCAAAGGACAAUGCACUGGCGGAGUCAGUCUUCUUGUAUGCUAGUUCUGAUGUCAAGGAGAAGCAACACCGGUUGGGGUGGGCUAAGCUUGCUGCAGUAGCAGCAGCUUGGGAAGAUUAUGCUUCUAAUUUAAGGAGAGAACUCCUUCGGAGCUUCGUCCAUUGGAGAACCAGUCAAUCCAUAUACAGUGUUCCAUAUGGUAGUUGACUCUUCCACUUCUGGGAUAGUGGCAGUCUCAAAUGCUAAAAGUAGCUGAGCUUCAAGGUUAGUUAUGGGCCUUUGUACAGCUUAACUAGAUUUUACUUGUCCCAAGUGUGCAAUCCUUUGUGUUAUAUUCUUACCCUUUUCAACGAUUUAGCCAUUUUUCACAGUUUUUAAAGGGAUAUCAUUUCUGUUUCUAGAAAA